CAGCCAUAUAUCCAUCCCUGUGAAUCAAAAGAGAGAGGAAGAGAUGGGAUUUUCAAGAGCUCUGAUGAUCAUUAUGAUCUCACUGCUGGUGGGUUGCUCCUCAGGUUUGGAUGAAUCAGGAGUGAUUUACGUGGGUGGAAAAGUGAUGUGCCAGGACUGCACCCAGGGCUGGAACGAAUGGGUUAACGGUGGCAAACCUAUGAAAGGAGUAAAGGUGUCCCUAACAUGCAUGGACAAGAGAAGCAGGGUUGUGUACUAUACAAGUGACACAACAGAUGAGUUAGGGCAAUACGACUUGAAUGUUAAAAAGUAUGUCUAUGGCAAAGAAUUGGAUACAAAACGAUGCUCGGUGAGGUUGGUGUCUUCUCCAGAUAGCGUUUGCAACAUCCCCACUGACUUCGGUGGUGGAAAGUCUGGUGUCAAGCUCAACAAUCCUACAUCAGUGUAUCGCAGUUUCAUCAAGUACAUGCUCAACCAUUUUUAUUACACCACUCCCAUGUGCGAUAAACCAGACACUGAGGUCUCUGAUUCUGAAUCUCAAGAUCACCACGGACCAGGAGGCUACUACUAAUUAAUGGCUACGCUCCCUCAGCUUAAUUCCAAUACAAAUGAUUAUUAUUGUUUCUCGCUUAUUUACUUUUGCAAGAAACGUGUAUCUCAACAUUAAAUUUUACGACAAUGGCGAAAAAAAAAAUUGUGCUUCUUC